UUACUUGAAAAUUUAGUAUUAACCCGAAGACACUUACACUUCUAUGUUUAUUGUAUGGAGUUAUUUGUAUGGUACGUAUAUAAUAAUCGGUUACAAAAUAACAAGCUAUAUGUUGUUAUAGUAUUGAUCCAUAGUUUAGAUCAAUGUUUAUAGUAAUCAAGGUCAUAAGAAUUAAAAGUACAUAAAUCAUAAUAUCUUCAAAAUUACAGGAAAAAAAAGUAAAAAUAAAUAUUACUUCAGUACGGUGUAGUAACAAUAAAAUCUAAAUUACCAUGUAUUAAUUAGGGAAACAGAUCACUCGGAAACAUAAAUUUUACAAACCUACUCAUUUGUCUAUAUAGUCCAGGAGCCAGGGUUAUUUCGUGACCGAUCAAAGUCCAAGAAGUUUCAGAGUAUAUUCUUAUAGUAGGGGAGCAUUGGAUGCUAAAAUUUGGAGUUAGAAGAGCAUUAUAGGGACUUAUUGGGUUAUGAAGAUCCUAAAACCAAGGCAGUAAUGUUUCCCAUUUUAGUGGGAAUUUUUUAUUUGUUAAUUUGAUUGUCCACUUUCAAAAAUAGCUUUUUUCUUAUUAUAGCGCCAUGCAUCUAUUAGAGAUGGGAAAAACCUACCGGUUUUAACCUAAAACUGUUUUUUUUUUACUUCGCAAUAACCGGUUUUUACCGGUUGUUUUUUGUCCCCGUUAUAACCGGUUUUCUCUUUUUAAAGUAAAAACCGGUUAUUAGGUUUUUACGGUGAUUAGGGUUAGGUUAGGUAUUAUUUUGAGCAUAGGUAAAUUGAGUCCCAUAUACCUGAAUUAAGAACGGUCAAAAUAUUUAGAUGGUCGAAUUGAGUCUCGGGCAUCGUAAUACUUCUAAUUACCUUUUAAUAGCUUUCUAAUUUGUAAGUACUUUCUAAUUUGUACUUAAGCAUAUUUAGAAAUAUUGUUAUUACCUGGAAUAACAAUAGAGGAAUUAAAUGAUUUUAUUGGAUAUGCAUUUAUGGUAAUCAAAUAUAAAAAGCAAUAUCCUACAAAAUAUUUAGUAUGGUGCGAUCUAUCUGUAUACGAUACGGUGUUAAGUUGAUUGCCAAAAUGAGUUUAGUGAACAUUGUGUUUAACAAUUGAUUGUGUUAAAUGGCUUCAAAUAUCGCUUUCACAAAUCUUUAAAGAAUAACGACAAGCGUUGGAUGUGUUGUGCGCAGACGAGAGAAAAAUGUAAAGCAUUUUUAAAAACCCAAGGUGACAACGUAGUGACGGAAAUUCGGGAUGAACACAACCAUAGCGAAUUAAACGAAGAUGCACUUAACCGUCAAAUGUUAAGUAACUCCUUAAAACGAAAGGCCGUAGAAGACGUCGGUGAAAGACCUAUAAAAAUUUUGCAAAAGGAAUUACGAAAUGGAGAUAUUAGUACCUUGACUACCAAAGACGUGGCAUUGGUUCGAAAAAAUAUGUAUAACGCCCGACGAUCUCUUCUGCCUAAAUUAUCAAAAAGUAUGGAGGAAACUCAUGAUAUACUAAAAACAUUUCCAGUGAAAACUAACAAAAACGAGGAUUUUCUAAUGGUGAACGACAUAGAAAACCAAAUUAUUAUGUUUUCCUGUAGCAGCAAUUUAGAAUUUUUAGCAGAUUUGGACACCAUUUAUAUAGAUGGAACUUUUGAAUAUUGCCCAAAGUUUUUUAAGCAAAUGUUCUCCAUCCAUGGUCUAAAAGAAGAUCAUUAUAUACCUUUGGUUUUCUUCUCAUUGCCAAGUAAACAAAAACAUACAUAUACACUGGCACUUAAAUACCUAACAGAACAAGUUGAGAAAUGUAAUAAAAAACUCGCUUUAAGAACGGUAUUUGCAGAUUUUGAAGAAGCAAUUCAGCAAAGUGUCACUGAAGUUUGGACUCAUGUUUCAUUGAAGGGCUGCUGAUUCCAUUUAGGACAAUCCUGGUGGCGCAAAAUUCAGGCACUAGGUUUAAUAUCCUUAUACAAAGACAAAGGGAGGAAAAUAUUUAACAUACUGCUUUGGAAUGUCAUUUCUCAACCCAGAAGAUGUAGGAGAUUGUUUUGUUGAAGCUUUAUCAUCAAUGCAGCCACAAAAUCAUAGAAUAGUAGAAUUUGCGGACUAUUUGGUCGAUAAUUAUGUCUCAGAAUCGGCUAAGUUUCCGCCAGAAAUAUGGGCGGAGAUGUCAAGCAGUCUACAACGGACGACGAACGCAUGUGAGAGUUUUCAUUCCAGGUUUAACUCGUCAUUUUAUUUUGCUCAUCCUCAUAUUUUUCAAUUUUUAACAGUUUUAAUAGACUUUCAAAGUGAAACGUAUGUUAAAAUUAGAAGUGUACAAAAAAAAGUAAAAAAAAAUUAUUCUGCACAAACCCUUACAUCAAAAAAAUUUGUAGAUGAACAAAUUUUAAAAUUAAAUAAUAGAUUAAUAUCAAAAUUUGAUUACCUCAAAAGUGUAGGUGAAAAAUUUGGAAUAGUUAAAUAAGUGAAUUAGCAUGUAAUUCUAGCUUAUAUUGCUUUUUGUAAAUAUUGUAGGUAUACA